AUGAAAUUUGUAGUUCAAAGUUAUCAUGUUUUGGAAGCCCAGUGCGCCGCGGACGUAGCCCAUCCGCGUCGCGCGCCGAGUGUUCCAAAAACACAACCGGCGGUUGCUUUCUAUUCGGCUCAACCGCCUUCAACGCCGUUGUACCUCUUGCCAAUAUGUACGUCAUAUACAACAUACAAAUCUGAUAAGAUUCAAAAGUUGCCUAAUCCACAAGUGAAAAAUAAUGAUGGAAAUAAGAUCGUGAAGAAGAUAUUGCGUUUGAUUCUCAAGAACGCUAUGAAGUCAGUCGGUAAUCAAGCCAAAAGCCAUCCUUCACACCACAUGCAACAGGUCUCUGGCAAAAUCAAGAAUUCUGACGUCGCUAUACAAACUACGUCAAGUGCGACCGGCAGGUUAAAUUUUACUUUACUUAAGUCUAAAGAAAUGUACACGUAUAAAGAGAGAGGAUCAAUAAUGGAGCUAACGUUAGAACGCAUGUGCGCAGAAUCUGGCGAGGGCCGUGAGGGGUGGCAGUGGGACGUUCGCGCGUUGCGGGACUCCCACGUACGGCUUGUGCUGCGUCAACUGCGCCAACUGCGCGAUAUCGAGCGGCUCGCCCGCGCACUGCGUCGCAACCCCCACCGCCGAGCGACCUCUCACCACAACCCCACCCACAUA